UGUGUAUGAUAUGUAGAUCAUAAAAUCUGGACAAAAUUUACGUAACUCGAACGCACCCCUUGAUUUUCCUCAGGAAGCCCGUAACUACAGACUCGUACGAACCGACUUUUGGCAAGGCCCUAGCAGUGCUACGGGUCUUUGAAGAAGAUUAUUUUUAAACUAAAGAAUGCACAGUACAGAGGAAUUUACUCAAGUAUGAUACAGUAGCGUACAGAACGAUACAAAAUGAACAGAUAACGAAGGAAUAUCGACACCAAUCUACAUUUGCAAGCUGUGUAGGUUAGAUCCACGUUUCAGACUACGCUGUGACCAGUUGCAACAAUCAGAAGUGUGAUCCCUAUGCCGACUGGCUGCUUUUGUCCACGGACAUGAUCCUGGCCCAUGACAUCGUGGUGUCCGGAGGAAUAGAACCUGCCAUAUUAUCCAAACCCCAAGCAACAUCCUCCCCUCGGAUGCUUUCCUGUUAACAGACUGCGGUGGAGUAGCUAGCACCAUGCUACACCGUGUAUGGCUGAGGUUAGGGGUGUAUAUGGGGCUGGCUGACUUGUGCUUGGCUCACAGCCUUUUCACCUGUGAGCCAGUGCGUGUUCAGUGGUGCCAGGGCAUGCCCUACAACAUGACGUUCUUCCCAAACAUGCUUGAGCACUACGACCAGGACAUCGCUGCCAAUAAGAUGCAGCAAUUCAUGCCACUGGCUACCUUGCGCUGUUCUCCAGAUGUGUACCUAUUCCUGUGCCAGGCCUUUGUCCCACAGUGCACCGAGCAGACACAUGUGCUCCGGCCCUGCAGGGGGCAGUGUGAGCGCAUCCUCGCAGACUGUGACAGCGACAUGCGCACCUUUGACAUCAGCUGGCCACCAGAGCUCCAGUGUCACAGGUUGGAGCCCUGUGACUCUGUAAAUGGAUCUCCUGGCCCACCUGUAAAGGACAUGACCACACCUAAAGCUUCCCCAUCAGCUAGCAGGGAUCUGGGCUUCUGGUGUCCCCUGCAGCUGAAGACCCGCCCUGGUCAGGGCUCCUCCUUCCUGGGUGCCCAGGAUUGUGCGCCCCCGUGCGACAAUAUGUACUUCAAAUUGCAAGAAAUUGAGUUUGCCAAGACCUUCAUUGGCAUCUCUUCUGCCGUCUGCCUGUGUGCCACGCUCUUCACCUUCCUCACUUUCCUCAUCGACGUCAAGCGCUUCCGCUACCCGGAGCGGCCCAUCAUCUUCUAUGCCGUCUGCUACAGCAUUGUGUCCCUCAUCUACUUUGUUGGCUUCCUGCUGGGCAACGAGGCGGCGUGCAGCAAGCCCACCCAGCCAGGUGCCGUUGCAACUGUGGUGCAGGGCAGCCAGAGCAAAGGCUGCACUCUGCUCUUCAUGAUGCUCUACUUCUUCUCUACCGCUGGCAUGGUGUGGUGGGUCAUCCUCACCAUCACUUGGUUCCUGGCUGCGGGGCCCAAAUGGAGCUGCGAGGCCAUCGAGAAGAAAGCGGUGUGGUUCCACGCGGCAGCCUGGGGCCUCCCGGGGAGCCUCACCGUCAUGCUGCUGGCCCUCAACAAGGUGGAGGGUGACAGCAUCAGCGGCGUGUGCUUCGUGGGCCUGUACGAUCUGGCUGCCCUCCGUUGGUUCGUGCUGGCCCCGCAGGCCCUGGGAGUGCUGGCUGGCCUCUCACUCCUGCUGGCCGGCAUCGUCUCACUGAACCACGUGCGGCAGGUGAUCCAGCACGACGAGCGCAACCAGGAGAAGCUGAAGAAGUUCAUGAUCCGCAUCGGCAUGUUCAGCGGCCUCUACCUGCUGCCCCUGCUCACGCUGCUGGCCUGCUACCUGUAUGAGCAAGCACAGCGCAGCACCUGGGAGAACACCUGGGUCAACGAGCACUGUCAGCAGUACAGCAUCCCCUGCUCCUACAGAAGAACGGUUGCUGCUCGGCCAGACCUGUCUCUGUUCCUGGUUAAAUACCUGAUGACGCUGGUAGUGGGCAUCUCGGCUGUUUUCUGGGUCAGCAGCAAGAAAACCUGCUCAGAGUGGGCCUACUUCUUCAACAGGACACGCAAGAAAGAUCCUAUCAGCGAGAGUCGACGUGUCCUGCAGGAGUCCUGCGAGUUCUUCCUAAAGCACAACAGCCAUGUGCAGCACAAGAAGAAGCACCACAAGCCCGGCUCGCACAAGCUCAAAGUCAUCUCCAAGUCUAUGGGCACCAACACCGGCGCUCCAUCAGCCAUUACCUCCCCCAUCCUCAUCGGCACGGGCAACCACCACGCAACCACCCACAGCACGGAGCCAGAGCUGCGGGGUUCAUCCGAGGCAUCCGCACGGGAGCAGACAGAUCAAGGCAAUGGCUCAGGGAGGGCAUCUAGCCGGGGAAGCAGGGAAAGGAGCGCAGCACUGCAGGCAGAGAGACGCAGCAAGGCUGGCAGCUCCAGCAGAGUGAGCAGCAGAACAGAGAGCCUCCGCAGAGUCCCUGAGGGCAGGGUGAAGCCCAGUGACUUGCUAGAAGAGGUGCAGCUGCCUGUCCAACAUUCUUCCUUCCGGAGCCCCGUCCUAAGCUCCGCCCCCACACUUCCAGAGGUGGCUGCAGAGCACAGCCAAUCCAAGGACAGUUCCAAGUCCAAUGUGUGAACAGCACACGCUUACACAGUGCCACUUUCGUACCCGUCCCGUUUGCUUC